AGGUGCCAACCGGGAAGCCGAAAAGCUGACGUAUCGGCUCAUGCCCGGCCCGUACUGGGGAUUGCUACAAAAGCUAGAUCAACUGACGGAGCCCUUAGCCGUGCGCUCGGCCAUGGGCAAACUGCCCAGUAAUGAUGACGUGCGACGCCUCGCCAAUGUGAUGACAUCCAUCGACGAGAUCAAGCAGGGCAGCAUGUGGGACACCGACAUGACAGACCAAGGUGCGAGAAUGUGGGGCGAACUCUCACACGAUGAGGCCUUGAGAAUUGCUCAUGCCAUCCGCCGGGUGCAGUCUUUCGCGCACUUUCUCUUCUCUGUGGCCUAUCCUUGUGCACCUACAGAGGUUGCAUUCGAUGUGAAUCCAAAUCCCAGUUUUUUCUGAGAGGGUUGCAAGCAGCCUCGACACUGCAGAAAUGCUGCGGAAAACGCCGAGGGAUUUCUUUUAAG